AACAUAGAAAAAUACAUCGUUGUUAUCAAUUGUGUCCUGAUUUCAGCUGAGAAAAUGGAGAAUUUGUCUAUAAUUGCUGAUAAUAUUACUGCCAAUAUUGCCCUAAUACCUAGUAGUAGUAUUAGUGGAUCCGGCAAAACAGAUGAUUCAUUCUAUCUAUCUGUUUUCCUGAUUUACGUUCCCGGAAUCGUCACGAAUUUCAUUUCCAUUAUCCUACUGCUAUCGGAAUUGCGAAAGACAAAAGUUAAAACAAACGUUCUGCUGCUUGCCCUUUGUACGACAGAUUUUGUAGCAGUGUGUCUAUCAUGUUUUUGGCACACAAGCAGACGUAUGGGAUUGUCCAUGACUUACGAGUUAUGUGCAGUCAAGUCGUUUCUGCAUCCCAUUAUGCCACUUUUGACUGGAUCCAUUAGUCUUUUGAUGGCUAUAGAUAGAUUUUUGGCUUUCUGUAAGCCCUUCUUCUACCGUACGAAUGUAUCAAAGAAGUUUUGGAUGCUUUGUGUAUUGUUGGUGAUCGUAUUUCUAUCCGUUAUUUGUGCUCUACCACAUCUUGGUUUUGGUUCACUAUGGACUCCACGAUACAGACGAGGCAAACUGUCGUACACCUGCAGUGUCUUUACCUACCAGGAGAAUUUAACAAAAAAGAUUUUCCACAUCAGCUACACCAGUCUAGGAUUUCUGAUAGUUUUGAGCAUAAUUUCAUUUAACAGUUUAGUGGCAGCAGCCGUUCUACGGCUCAGACAUCGUACUAUAGAAGCACAGAAAGGUCGUACCAACCAACAAAUUAACAGAUCAACGGAGAUAAAGUUUGCAGCGAUUGUUGGUUUACUAGCAUCUGUGUUUGUAAUCUGUUGGUUGCCUUAUAACGAGGCUCUCUCGGGUUCAUGGGACACUAUGAAAUUGAGACUGAUUCACAGGAGGCUCUCUCGGGUUCAUGGGACACUAUGA